AUGCCUUUGUUCAAAUUAACCACGUUUGGUACAACAUUGAGCAUGAGGGCCUCCCAGAAAUUUGCUACUUGUGUGGGCACUAUGGACAUAAGAAAAGAGGCUUGUAGCCUUAAGACUACUUCUGCUGGUCAAACUAGUGAAACUCCAAAUGCAGUAGGAGCAGAUGCAAUGGGACAACCCGCUGAGGUGGAAAACGAGAACUAUACGGAAGCAAAUGAAGGUUUGAGAGGGCCAUGGAUGAAUGUGCCCCCCCUGAAGGAAACAUAA